AUGAAUACAGGCCCUACUAGGCAGAACGGCAACGGCAGCGAUGGCAGCGACUACUCCAUGGCUACAUUCCUUCUUAACUCCGACAAAUCUCCCGUCUCUGAGAGGCUCACAGCCCAGGCCAUCACGGGACUCAACAACACGGCGGUUCGCCUGCAGGACCAAAGCAGAAACGUCGGCCAGCUGGUCCAGGUUAUCAAGCCGACGGAGUCUGUUGAGAGCAGCACGACCCAGAGCGAAUGA